AGUGCUUGGGGAGCUACGCCAGCCAAUUUUUUAAUAAAACAUUUCGAUGUUUUAAAGUGUUUUCUAAUACUUUUAGUGCUUCUGUGCUUAAUAAUUUCUAAAAUGUGUUUUUUCUCGAUUUAAAAUAUAUAUAAUCAUGAGUUUCACUAAUGUUAGAGUGUUAAGCUCCGUUGAUUAUCUUGGCGGUAACAAUACUAUGUAUUCUAACAAAAAUAUAAUUGUACAAAAAUGACAAUUUUUAGCUAGAAAAUAAUAAGUACAUAAGUUAGAAACCUACGAUAUAAAUAAGUGACGCUAUCAUAUAAAGUUUUACAAAGAAUUUUUUAUACAAAUUCAUCGAUAUGAACGAUGUCCGAGACAAAGUUGUGGCUGGAUCUUCCACAUGGGAAAGUGGUGCAGGUCAGAGCGACUCAUCACCUGAGAUUCAAUCUUCACCCGGUGGAAGUGGAGAAACUCCACAAACACCGGGAGCUCCAGCACCUUUAGCGCCUCAUCUUGCGGCAGACUUGCAUCCUGAUCUCAUCCAACAAGGCUGGCGAAAGUAUUGGUCUAAAAGAGAAAACAGACCUUACUUUUGGAAUAAAAUUUCUGGUGAAUCUAUGUGGGAGUUGCCAGCUGUUAAAAGAGACUUCGAUCCCAUUACAGAUCCUUUGGGAAUAUGUCACACAGGUCCCCCAAAUCCAGGGAAUAUGACUCCAAGUGCAAGUAAACGACGGCCGUCAGAAGAUAAUGGCCCUCCUCCUAAAAAAUUUGUUCUGUCUGGUCCAUGGGAUAUUGAGGUACCAACCAAUGUUGUAAUCUAUGAACGCCCUCCUACAAUUUGUCCUCAUCCUCAUCCAGAAAUUGAAGGCUUCAGGUUUACACUUGCUAAUAAAUUAAGGCAAUGCUAUCAAGAACUUUGUCAUACUAGAGAAAGUAUAGAUGCACCAAAGGAAUCAUUUAACCGUUGGUUAAUGGAGAGGAAAGUGAAUGAUCAGGGAGGUUCUGAUCCACUGUUGCCAAGCCAUUGUUUUCCAGAAAUAUCAAGAUCUAUGUAUGAAGAAAUUAUGAAUGAUAUACCAAUAAAGUUAACUCACCCAAAAUUUACUGGAGAUGCAAGAAAACAGCUAUCUCGGUAUGCUGAAGCUGCAAAGAAAAUGAUAGAAUCAAGGAAUGCAUCUCCAGAAAGUCGAAAAGUGGUUAAAUGGAAUGCAGAAGACACAUUUCAAUGGCUCCGGCGUACUGUUGGUGCGACUUAUGAUGAUUUUCAAGAUCGCUUAGCACAUUUAAGACGGCAAUGUCAGCCUCACUUGGCAGAAACAGCAAAAGCUUCAGUAGAAGGAAUUUGCCUUAAAAUUUACCACUUAUCUGCAGAAUAUGCACGAAAAAUAAGAGAAAAGCACAGUGUUCUCCUGAAAGAAAAUGGAAUUCAGGAAAUGCCAGCACCACUCCAGCAAGCUGCUCUUCGUAAAGUGUGGUGUUACCCAGUACAAUUCGCGUUACCGGCACCCAGGCCUCCAAUAGUAGAACACUUUAUUGACCGCGAUCAGGUAUUACUGCGGUACCUUGGAGAGACGCAAGUCCUUAACGCUACCUAUUUACAAAAAUUGGAACAUCUAUACCGAUACAGCUGUUUCGACGAUAAGAAGUUCGAAUUAUUUUUAUCGCGCAUAUGGUGUUUACUUAGACGAUAUGCGGCUUGGGUGGGGGCAGGGGGAGGUGAUUCGCACUUGGCACAAAUGUCGGCACCUGUCCCAGUACUUGAGUGCCUCCAGAGAUGCUUUGGAGUCACUUUUGAGUGUUUCGCUAGUCCAUUAGACUGUUAUUUUAGACAGUAUUGCUCUGCGUUCGCCGAUACCGACUCGUAUUUUGGAUCGAGAGGGCCCUUUCUCGAGCUCCGACCUGUAUCGGGGUCGCUGGUUGCGCAUCCGCCCCACUGUGAGCCUUUGCUUGAGGCUGCGUUAAGGCAUAUGGAGAGGCUAUUACAGGACUCGGCUGAACCACUUAGUUUCGUGGUCUUCUUACCGGAGUGGCCAGAUAGACCCACUCAUGCUUUACACAAAUUGCAGGCCAGCCAUUUUAAAAGGAAACAGGUCGUCAUUCCUGCCUUCGAACACGAGUAUCGUCACGGUUUUCAACAUAUGCUUCCGAAAAACGAGAUAUACUUCCGUUGGGGUGGUGGUACCGUAGUAGUGUGGCUUCAAAACGCAGCCGGCUUCGCACGAUGGGGCCCCACUGAAGACAGAGUAGAGGCUUUACUGGACGCCUGGAGGCCUAGAGCUAAAUUACGAUCUCCUGAAGAUAAUCCUCCAGCUGUUCCAGCACCCACUCCCGAAACUGACACACCAGCACCAGAUAAACGACCAUAGGUACACAAAUAAAACUGCAUAAAAACUAAAUCAAUCUCCGUUUUAACUAGAAUAUUGUGUUUAUAUAUUUACUUUUUCAAUAUACUUAUCAAAAAGCCACUGCUCAUUUAACCUGGCUUUUAUAAUUUUGUAUAUUUAAGAUUGAAUUCUAUUGAUUGAUUCUAUUGAAAUGAAAUUAUACAUUAUCAAGUAAACUUUUCUCUUUCCAUGACAAAAGGAAAAUAAUUUAAUCAGACUGAUUUAGUUUUUAUAAAUAAUGAGGGUAGACUACUUCAAAAUAUCUUUAAUAAUUACCACUAUCCGUUGUUUCCUAUGCAAAACGUAUUGUCAAUCGAAUAAUCUACGACUCGUAUUUUACACGUAUAACGGGCUUAUACUAAGCAAGUAUCAAUUCCAAAAAUACCAUAAACUGCCAUGAAUUCAGAGUAAACAUAGAAGACAACAAAAUACAAAGAACACAACCUACUCUAUAGCUUACUUUACAACAAAUAACAAUUUUAAAUACAAAUAUAUUAAUAAAUAUUAUUUCCAUUAAUACUAUUAUUAUAUUUUUAAAAAAUACCGUAAAAUGCAUAAAAUUCAUGUUAAAAAAACAUUUAAGAGUACUAUUUUACCUUCUCGUAAAAAUGGCAUAACAGACUACAUAUUGAAAGAGAUAUAUAAAUAUAUAGAAUAGAAAUGUUUUAUUAUAAAAAUUGUUCCUUUUUAUACACUUAAAGCUUACACAUGUUAAAAUGAAACUACAAUGAGUGUAUACAAAGAUGGUUAAAUAAUUACUAUAGAAGUGUUUUUAUUAUAAUGGUCAUGUAAUUAAUACAAUUGCACAACAAACAGCAAUUAUCUCAAUAAUAGAAUUGUUAUAGAGGAAAAUAGUACAUGUGAUGUUUUGCUUUAUUGAGUGGGGGGGGGGGGUGUAUUAUUUAAUGUGUGAGGUUAUGGAAGGUCUCAGUUGUAAAGCAGUGUAAAAUUUAAAAAAUUGGAGGCUUAUUUCGUUUAUUUUAAAUAUAAUGUAACACAUUUGUCCUUAUAUACAUAAUCACUGAUAUAGUGUGGCCUGCAAUAUGGUUUGUGAGUAUUUGUAUGAUUUGUCUUGUGCUGAUUCUAUACCCAAGUUUUUUAAUGAAUAGCCUUGGUUUCAAUGCAUUUAUUCCAGAAAAUUGUCAUAUAACAAAUAUUCCUAUCACAAAGUUUAUGAAAUAAAAAUCAAAAGAAAAAUCAAUUUAAGAUUAUAUUUUACUUUUACAUAAUAAUUUUCUAUAUACAUAAGUCUGUAAAUAAAUGAAAUGGACAUUGUAAAUAGAUUUAGAUCUACUUUAGUUGUCAAACUUAUUGUAAGUUCUUUUUUAUUAAGUCCCUUUUUCACUGUUGUAUAAUUCUAAAGAUAUAUUUUGAUUGU